CUGAAACUUCAUCUAUAGAUAAUAUUCUUAUAUAACCUCGGAAAACAUCCUGUGGGGACCACCUUUCACAUGUCCCAACUCGUUUAGUAAGUGAAUCUAUAUAAAGGCACACAAGCACACACAUUUAUACAAACAUUACAUUUACUCUUUAACCUAACGUGACAAUGGCCCUUCAAGCUGCUUCUUUGGUCUCCUCUGCUUUCUCUGUCCGAAAAGACGGAAAAUCAAAUGCUUCAUCAUCAUUCAAAGAGUCUAGUCUUUUUGGUGCAUCACUUUCAGACCAAAUUAAAUCUGAUUUUGUCUCUUUCUCCUUGAGAUGCAAGAGGAAACAAAGCUUAAGGACCACAGGAGCAAGGAUUCGAGCUCAAACAAUCGUUACUUCAACAACCCCAUCCGUCACAAGAUCUACCUUCGACCGCAAGAAAACCCUUAGAAAAGGAAACGUGGUCGUCACUGGAGCUUCAUCAGGGCUAGGUUUAGCAACGGCAAAGGCAUUAGCCGAGACAGGUAAAUGGCACGUGAUAAUGGCGUGCAGAGACUUCCUCAAGGCCGAGAGAGCGGCUAAAUCCGCGGGGAUGCCUAAGGACAGCUACACCGUAAUGCAUUUGGACUUAGCAUCGUUGGACAGCGUGAGGCAGUUCGUUGAUAACUUCAGGCGAGCCGAGAUGCCUCUCGAUGUGUUGGUCUCCAACGCCGCUAUUUAUCAGCCAACGGCUAACAAACCUACUUUCACUGCUGAAGGGUUUGAACUUAGCGUUGGGACGAACCAUUUAGGGCACUUUCUUCUCUCAAGAUUAUUGAUUGAUGACUUGAAAAACUCUGAUUAUCCAUCAAAACGUCUCAUCAUUGUUGGAUCAAUAACUGGAAACACUAAUACAUUGGCUGGUAACGUACCUCCUAAGGCGAAUCUUGGCGAUUUAAGGGGACUAGCUAGUGGAUUAAACGGGCUAAACAGCUCGGCGAUGAUAGAUGGAGGAGAUUUCAAUGGUGCAAAGGCUUACAAAGACAGUAAAGUAUGCAACAUGUUGACGAUGCAAGAGUUUCAUAGGCGUUUUCAUGAAGAAACUGGCAUCACUUUCGCUUCCCUCUACCCUGGUUGUAUCGCUACUACAGGUUUGUUCAGAGAGCAUAUUCCUCUCUUCCGUUCACUCUUCCCUCUUUUCCAGAAAUACAUCACCAAAGGUUACGUCUCCGAGGCUGAGGCUGGCAAAAGACUUGCUCAGGUGGUAGGUGAUCCGAACUUGACGAAGUCUGGAGUGUACUGGAGCUGGAACAAGACCUCGGCUUCAUUCGAGAAUCAGUUGUCUCAAGAAGCCAGCGAUGUUGAGAAGGCUCGUAGGGUUUGGGAAGUUAGCGAGAAGCUCGUGGGCUUGGCCUAAAACUUGAUUUGAGUCUACUCCUGUCUUUGAGGCUUAGUCACCAAGAGAAACAAACAAAAGAGGAAAAAUCGAUGAUCGAAUAAACCUUGACCAACUUUGAGUUUGUGUUGUGUGUGUUGGCUAAUUCUAUUUUGUUGACAAACCAAAUAAAUCCGUUUUUAAAAAUAAAUUUGAUAAAUAACAAUUGAUUUAAGAUGUUCGA